CGGUGCGUGACGCUUCGGAGAUGUGAGAGCUUGCGAGUCUGUUUCGCAACCAACCGGCGUAGCGGUAACGGCUACUUUCGGAGCGGGUUUGCGUCUAUGCCACGUUCUAUGCAGUGUGCAUUUCGUGCCUUAUAAGCUGAGCAGCUGUUGUUGCCUCCAGUGAAGUUUUCGAUACUGUGCUAUCGGUGCAGUUUAUUUUCCCGCGCUAGCGACCACGUGGCACCGCAUAAGAAGUGGGUUGUGGAAGGACGCCGUGGGAGGUUAAGGAACAAAGGCGUCGGAGCGACCGGCAGAGACACAUACUACUUGCAAGCACAAUUGCUGGUGACACUCAAUACGCAGCUGUUGCAAGCACAUAUCGAAGAAGGACUGCAAGAUAUCCUCAGCUGAAAUUCCCACUGGUGUGAAACACACACAAAAAAAGAUGCCUGCUUCGAUAAGAACGUACGGAUUUCACAGUUCUCAGGCGAGUCUGGCAGAAGAAAAUAAUGAGGAAGUUCGGGGGAAAAUAUUACGCUUGGUGUCGGUCGAGGGAAAACCCCCGGGAAGUAAAUCCGCUUCAAUCGACGGGACCUUCAUACAACCGGUUCUGCCGCAGACAGAGGAGUCGAUUCCUCCAGUUUCCUUCUUCCAGCUGUUCCGCUUCUCGACCGCAUGGGAGCGCUGGCUGCUGACCCUCGGGGUGGUGGCGGCGGUAGGCGCCGGCGUGGGCAUGCCGCUCAGCAACCUGCUGUUUGGAGACCUGACGGGCGUCAUGGUGGACUUCGGGUCCGCGCUGGCCAACGCCACGGCCGCGGGCGAGCAGGUGCCCGACGUGGCGGUGCGUGUCUUCCUGCACGGCGUGCGGCAGUUCCUCAUCUACAGCGCCAUCCUGGGCGCCGCCACCUUCCUCUUCACCUACGUCUGCAUCUUCACCUUCAACUACGUCGGAUACCGGCAGAUUCAUCGCAUCCGCGACUUGUACCUGAAGUCUGCCCUGCAGCAGGAUAUUGGCUGGUACGAUACACAGCAGACUGGGGAGUUCGCCAGCCGCAUGUCCGAGGACCUGACUAAACUGGAGGACGGCAUCGGGGAGAAGGUGGCCAUGUUCGUGAUGUACCAGGUGAACGUGAUCGGCGGAGUGUUGAUGGCACUGGUUCGUGGCUGGGAGCUGGCGCUGGUGUGCCUCGUCUCCUUCCCACUGAUCGUCGCCUCGAUCGUCACCACCGAGGUCAUAUCGUCGCGUCUCGUCCGGAAAGAGCUCCACGCUUACGGAAAGGCUGGAGGCAUCGCAGAAGAGGUGCUCAGCGGCAUCCGCACCGUUAUCGCCUUCGGUGGGCAGGACAAGGAGGAUCAAAGGUACAACAAGAAACUGGAGGCGGCGAUGAAGUUCAGCGUGAAGAGGAACAUGAUCAACGGGUUCGGCAAUGCCGCCCAGUGGUUCUGCGCCUUCGCCAGCUACGGGCUCGCUUUUUGGUACGGCGUGGGCCUCAUCCUCAGGGACAGGGACUACCCAGAGAGCGAGAGGCAAUACGACGCAGCAACCAUGCUCACGGUGUUCCUCUGUGUGAUGAUGGGUUCCUGGAUGUUAGGUAUGGCGUCGCCCUUUAUCGAGGCGUUUUCGAUAGCCAGAGGCGCUGCAGCGAAGGUGUACUCCGUCAUCGACCGGGAAUCUCCCAUCAACAGCAUGUCCGAGGAAGGCGAGAGGCUUGAAGGAGUCAAGGGCGACGUUGUCUUCAAGGACGUACACUUCGAGUACCCGACACGCAAGGGCGUGAAGAUUCUCCGCGGUCUGAACCUACGGAUGAAGAGUGGCGAGACGGUGGCUCUUGUCGGAAGUUCUGGUUGCGGGAAGUCUACGUGCAUCCAACUCAUCCAGAGGUUCUACGACCCACUACGAGGAGCGGUGGAGCUGGACGGCCAUGAUAUCCGCAAUCUGAACGUGGGCUGGCUGCGCUCGCAGAUCGGCGUGGUGGGCCAGGAGCCGGUGCUUUUCCAGACCACCAUUGCGGAGAACAUCCGCUACGGGCGGGAUACGUGCACCAUGGAGGACAUCGAGGAGGCCGCCAAGAUGGCUAACGCUCAUGACUUCAUCUCCAAGUUGCCGCAGCGCUACGACACAAUGGUUGGCCAACGCGGGGCCCAGCUGUCGGGCGGCCAGAAGCAGCGCAUCGCCAUCGCCAGGGCGCUGGUGCGCCGCCCCAAGAUCCUGCUGCUGGACGAGGCCACCUCUGCUCUGGACACCAGCAGCGAGGCCAAGGUGCAGGCCGCGCUGGACAAGGCUAGCGUUGGUCGAACGACCAUCAUCGUCGCACACAGGUUGUCGACUGUGCGCAAUGCAGACAGGAUCGUGGUGCUGUCCGCAGGCAGUGUGGUCGAGCAGGGCAGCCACGACGAGCUGAUGGAGCUCAAGGGCCACUACCACGCGCUCGUCACUGCCCAACUGUCCGCCGCUGUCAAAGAGGCCGAGGAAAAGGCGGCAGGAGGCGAGCGACCAGAGCUGGAGCGUAUGGUGAGCGUCCGCAGCGAGGCUUCUUCAAUGGCGGGCAGCGAAGGGGGCCCCGUCGAGGUGCAGCCAGAGGCUCCAGAGGAGAAGGUGCCCGACGUGGGGCUGACCACCGUGGUGCGCCUCAACGCGCCGGAGUGGCACCUGCUGGUCACCGGCACAGUUGCCGCGCUCAUCGCCGGCGCUGCCUUCCCACUUUUCGCUGUCUUCUUCGGGGACGUGCUCGGAGUUCUUUCGCUCCCAGAUCCUGAAGACGUCCGCAGCCAGGCCAACUGGUACAGUGUGCUGUUCUUCGUUAUCGCUAUCCUCGCGUCCACGGGAUAUUUCCUCCAGAUCUACACCUACGGAGUGGCCGGUGAGCGACUGACGACGCGGCUGCGACGGCUCGCCUUCUCGGCGAUGCUGCGGCAGGAGGUAGCCUGGUUCGACGACAAGAACAACAGCACGGGAGCGCUCUGCGCCAGGCUGUCUGGAGACGCCGCCAGCGUGCAGGCGGCCACAGGACAGCGGAUCGGCGCCGUGGUGCAGGCCCUCUGCACGCUAGCGCUGUCUGUGAUCGCGUGCCUGUUCUUCGAGUGGCGGCUAGGUCUGGUGGCCAUCGCCUUCAUCCCAGUCAUGGUGCUGGCUCAGUACUUCGACGACCGGAUGGUGCUCAAGGAAGCCAAGCGCAAGCAGAAGUCCAUGGAGAAGGCCACUAUCGUGGCGGUGGAGGCGGUGGGCAGCAUCCGAACGGUGGCGGGCCUGUGCCGCGAGCGGCAGUUCCACGCCAAGUACAUGCUGGAGCUGGAGCCGGCCAUCCGCCUCGCCAAGCGCAACACCUACGUGCGCGCAGCAGUCUUCAGCCUGGCGCGCAGCCUCGGCACCUUCGUCUACGCCAUCUGCAUCUACUACGGAGGCUUCCUCAUCGUCUCCGAUGGCGUACCCUACCAAGACGUCUUCAAAGUAACUGAAGCAUUGUUCUUCGGGACGUAUAUGGUCGCAACGGCCCUGUCGUUCGCUCCAAACUUCAGGAAAGGCCUGAACGCAGCAUCCAAAAUCUUCUACCUGCUCAACCGCCAGCCCAAAGUAGUUGAUCCUAUCAAUGCUUUGGAUAAAGAAUGGACUGCAGCCGGGGAUGUGAGCUACUCAGACGUGGAGUUCUGGUAUCCGACACGGCCUGGCUUGACGAUACUGAAGGGCCUCGACCUGGAAGUGUGCAAAGGCCAGACAGUGGCGCUGGUGGGCCCUUCUGGCUGCGGCAAGUCCACCUGCAUUCAGCUGCUCGAGAGGUUCUACGACGCAGCCUCCGGCACUGUGGCCCUAGACGAACGAGAUGUGUCCCAAGUCAAAAUGUCUUCACUACGAUCCCAGCUGGGACUUGUUCAACAGGAGCCAGUUCUCUUUGACAGAACUAUUGCCGAAAACAUUGCUUAUGGUGACAACGACCGCGAUGUUUCCAUGGACGAAAUCAUCGAGGUAGCAAAGAAAGCUAACAUCCACAAAUUCAUAACGGCUUUGCCACAGGGUUACGAAACGCGCAUGGGUGAAAAAGGCGCACAGCUCAGUGGAGGGCAGAAACAACGAGUAGCAAUUGCAAGGGCUUUGGUUCGUAAUCCACGCGUGCUUCUACUGGAUGAAGCAACAUCAGCCUUGGACACAGAGAGUGAAAAGAUUGUCCAAGAGGCACUUGAUAAGGCGAAAGAGGGUAGGACCUGCAUUACAAUUGCACACAGGCUAUCUACGAUUCAAGAUGCUGAUGUCAUUUGUGUGAUCAGUCAUGGAAAAGUUGCUGAAAUAGGAAAGCAUGCAGAACUGCUAGCUAAACGUGGCAUUUACUACAAACUUCAUAGUCUUCAGAGUACUUAACUUUCUCAUUUUAGAGUCUGUUACCUAACAUGAAGGAGGUACAGACUCAGAAAAGUAUAGGUGGUAAAUAACUGUGAUAAUUACAUAAGAGGAAGAAUAUUGCCCUUGGUCUAAUAUUAUGAUACGAUAUCUUAUAUAUGAGAUCAAAAUCGGUUUUUAAUUAUGGAUUUGAUUUGUUGUAUGUACAAAUCACGUUCCUGCUAAAUGCCAAAUAUUUUGUGUUUUAAUUAAUAUGUUGACAGUAUUGAGAAUUGUGAAGCAGAGCUGUGUUAUUCAUGAUUGAAAACAUUAUGAGCAUCCAGAAUAUUGAAGAAUUUCUAAGAAAUGAUGGGUGACUUAACUAGGAUGCUAAGCAGGUAUACGUUUGUAAUCUGUGCUAGCUACAUUCAUUGAUUGUAAGUUAUGGAAUGUACUUACUUUAUGAGGCUGGUUGAUGAACAGUAACUAUUGGUUUUGUAUGCAACAGAGUACAAAUUACAGUAUUCCCUUUUCAUAAAUGAAAGCAAAACAUAAUUGAAUGAUGAUGAUGUUCGGUCUACUGUAAUCUUAAAGCCAUACUUCUGGUAGGCUUGUCUUGCAUAUAGUGGAAAACAAUGCUAUCAAUUUUAAAACCUUAGUAGCUUUUAUAAUAUUAUGUGUCAUUGUGUAACUGUGGAAGAAAUUACCUCGAGCUUUCAAUGCAUGUAUAACAGUUUUCAGAACCAAAAAUAAUGAUUUAUAUGAAACACAAAAAAAUUAU